UCGACUCUUGCGCAUGGUUUUCGGCCAAUUCUCGAAAGGCAGGAGCACCUCUGAGCGUCAUGGGUCAGGGUCGAGCUUGCAGCCUCACACCCAUGCCAAAGAAGUCAGCCCGUUAAGUGCUCUACUAAGGUCACGAACCCAUGCACAGAUGUGUGCUCGUUGCUUCCUAGAACAGCCAUGGAAUGGAACCUGCUCCUCCUACAUGACAUCACUAACUGCCGACGGGCAAGGUGGUGGCCGAAAACCUCCCACCGGCCCCCGGCUGGAGGAUGAACGCAGAUGGAGGGGAGCUGACGCAGUCGCUCAGUGUGGCUGUGGUGAGUCACUCGAUGAUGUCAGCCGACGACCUGAGUGACCCGCCCUCGAGCCCCGACAGCCCCUUCGACGACUCGGACCUGCUGUCCUCUUCGACAGUUGCCGACGAUGUCACCACCCAGCUGGCAGCAGCAGGUCCCAUUGGGGUGGCUGCUGCUGCUGCCAUAGCCACGGGGAAGAAGCGCAAGCGGCCACACACCUUUGAGACAAACCCUUCCAUUCGCAAGCGCCAGCAGACCCGCCUGCUCAGGAAACUGAAGGCAACCAUUGAUGAAUACACGACGCGUGUUGGCCAACAAGCGGUGGUGUUGGCGGUCACCCCUGGGAAGCCCCAGAACCACUUCAAGGUGUUCGGAGCCCACCCGCUGGAGACUGUGGUGCGUGCUUGCCGGGGCGUCCUGGUUGGGGAGCUUGAGGCAGCACUAGCGCAGCAGGCCCCACCGCAAGCUCAGGACGACCCAACGCUGCACGAGCUGCCUCCCCUCGUCGUCGACGGCAUUCCCACACCGGUCGAGAAGAUGACUCAGGCACAGCUGCGGGCGUUCAUCCCCCUUAUGCUCAAGUACUCCACUGGGCGGGGCAAGCCAGGCUGGGGCAAGGAGUCGACCAGACCCCUCUGGUGGCCCAGUGACCUGCCCUGGGCCAAUGUCCGCAGCGACGCACGCUCCGAGGAGGACAAACAGAAGCAGGUGUCGUGGACGCACGCCCUGCGCCAGAUAGUGAUCAACUGCUACCGCUUCCACGGCCGAGAGGACUUGCUGCCGGCUUUUGAGGAGGACGACAAGGACAAGGGCAGCAAGAGCCCGACGCCACCACAGCUGAGCCAGCAGCAGCAGCCAGUCACCGAGGCCACCCUGUCGACAGCACCCAGCGUGCGCAUCGACAAGGUACAGUGGAGCACAGUGUCUGACAGCAACAAUGGAAAUGUUCAGACUCUGUACACCAGCCCGCUUGCGCACUACACGCCCACGAUGGUGCAGACCAUCAACAACCCUGACGGCACGGUCUCCAUCAUCCACGUGGACCCUGGAAGUGCACUGCUCACGCUUCCAGAUGGCACGCAGGCUCAGGUCCGCACCGUGAGCACGAUGGGCACAGCAGUGACGGGUGAUGGUGAGGGUGGCCAGGCAGUGACGCCCAUCAGUGCAGUGAACAUGGAGCUGAACAGCGAGGCUGCUGCCCAGGCAGUGGCCACCCUGGCUGAGGCCACCAUCAACCACGAUGGACAGAUUAUCCUCACAGGCGAGGACGGCACACAGAGCGCGUUCCCAGUAUCCGGUAUGGUGACCAUACCAGUGUCCAUGUACCACGGAAUGCAAGUCACCAUGGCACCUGUCGUGUCCGCCGAAGCUGCUGGCACCGAAGGAACUGGCGAUACAGUGGAGGUUCUAGCUGUGCCAGUGAGCACAACACAGGUGGAUUGACUUGGCCCAGUGCAUCAAGACAUUUGUUGUAGAGCCAAGGUAGCAGAUUUGGAUCUCAAGUCCAGCAGCUAAGCCUCGGCGAGUGGUGCACUCUUAAUGUGCCAGGGACUCUAGUGUUGCUGCCAAAAUUUCACCUUUUGUGUACUCUCGGAAAACUGUCAGGCCUGUUGAAGGCUGGGUGAUGUGUUCGCGAUUGCCUAAUUGCCAUAUGUGUUUUUUGCAUGCAGAAUGCAAACACAAGUGUUAGGAAGACGGCCGAGUGGCAUUCCUUUGUUGUCAUAUUAAGUAGGGUGCGUGUAAAAGAUACCACUGCUUAACCUCAUGAGAUGUACUCCUCCCUACUGCAACACGUUUAAUUCCAGCCGGCUGGCCUUUACUCUUUUUGCAGAGGGGUGGUGUACACAGUGACACUCGAUGUCAUGCUGUAGCAUAAUGCAUUUUGCAGUAGCCUUCAUUUUGUGCAUUGUUUGUGUAUGCAUUGUGAGUGACGGUUUCACAGCCAGGCUGCACCAUAGCCUGCCACAAGUCAUCGGCACAACUUGUGGAUGCUUGAGAGAAUUGCUCAACCAUGUUCACAGGGUCGCCCAUCAACGCCAGAGCAGGGACGCUGGUGUGUGCCCCCCUGGGACUGUGCGUCGCCUCUAGUCUGCCAAAGACACUAUGUGACACAUGAUUGUAUUUAUUGAUGAGUGCUGUGUGGUGUGUGUCUGUGUGUAUCCCUGCAGCCUUGACGUGAAUCUUCCCACCAUUUUGUGAAGCAAGCAAGUGUGUGUGCACUUUGAACUUGUGCCGAAAGUGUGAUCCACAUGUUUUUUGUGUGCUCUGUACAGACCUAGGAUUUAUUCUUUAUUUUUGUGUUGUGAUGUAGUGGGGAGAAACUGUUUCUGUCCUUUUUUUGUUAGCUGUGUGCACUUUGAGUGACACAUUUGUUGUCAUUUGUGAUCAAGUUCUCACUGUUAAUGAUUUGUGCUAGCAGGAAUUUUGUUGCUCUGAUUUGGAACAGAUCUUGUGAUUUCUCAGCCUUGUUAUCACUUUAGCGUAAUUCUGAGGUUAUGCUUUGUGCCCAAAUUUCAAACAUUGAGUAAUAAACGUUGUGUCUACUUGUUGAAAUAAAGCUGGUCAAAAUUUCA